CAGCAGGCAGCCAAGAGUUGCGCGCGCGAGACACUACUGAGGAGCCAUGGAAACCACGAGGAGCGUCUCGCGCCAGCCGGCGACCAGCAAUGAUAGCACGAGCGAGCAAAGCAGAGCGAGCGAGCCCCGUCGCAAGAAAGAGGAGCCGAGCCCGAACCGCACAGAGCCGUCCAGAAUCAUCACAGACCCGGCCACGGGGAAGUGCUACUGCCGCGGGAAGGUCCUGGGAAAGGGAGGCUUCGCCAAGUGCUACGAGCUGACUGAUUUGUCUGCGGGGAAAGUUUUUGCUGCCAAAAUAAUCCCUCACACGCGUGUGGCCAAACCUCAUCAGCGUGAGAAGAUAAACAGAGAGAUUGAGCUGCACCGAGGAUUGAGUCACAAACACAUAGUUCACUUUUACCAUCAUUUCGAGGACAAGGACAACAUAUACAUCCUCCUGGAAUACUGCAGCAGAAGAUCUUUGGCCCACAUCCUGAAGGCACGUAAAGUGCUAACAGAGCCUGAGGUGAGGUAUUACCUCAAGCAGACAGUGUCCGCUCUUAAAUAUCUCCAUGAUCAAGAGAUCCUGCAUCGAGACCUUAAGCUAGGGAACCUGUUUGUGAGUGACUCAAUGGAGCUGAAGGUUGGCGAUUUCGGGCUGGCUGCCAAAUUGGAGCCAGUCAGCAACAGACGCAAGACAAUCUGCGGGACGCCAAAUUACCUUUCUCCAGAGGUGCUCAAUAAACAGGGUCACGGCUGGGAGUCAGACGUCUGGGCUCUGGGCUGUGUCAUGUACACUAUGCUCCUGGGCAAGCCACCAUUCGAGACCACUAACCUUAAGGAGACGUAUCGAUGCAUCAGAGAGGCCCGCUAUUCUUUGCCUUCCACCCUAUCACUACCCGCCAGGCAACUCAUUGCCAGCAUGCUGUCCCGGAACCCAGCGGAUCGCCCCCGACUGGAUGAAAUCAUACGACAUGAAUUUCUCACACAGGGCUUCAUGCCAGAGACCCUCCCUGCCAGCUGCUGUCUCUCUGCUCCUGACUUCCACAUCUCCAGCCCUGCCAAGAGCUUUUUCAGGAAGGCUGCAGCUGCCCUCUUCGGUGGGAAAAGAGACAAAGCCAAGUAUUAUGAAAAUAUCAACAGGAUAGCAAAAGAAGAAGAUGACAUCUAUAAACUUCGCCAUGAGCUCAAAAUGACAUCAAUUAACCAGCCGCCUGCUACACCAUCACUGGAGGAAAGAGGGACUCCGUCACAGCCGGUUGGAAAGCCCGUUUCCCAGGCAACCGACGGGCGGCCUCAAGCACGAGACACUAUCCGCAUGAUCGUCAGAGGCAGCCUGGGAAGCUGCAGCAGCAGCAGUGAAUGUCUGGAGGACAGCACUACAGGCUCUGUGGCAGAAGCCGUUGCUAGUGUUCUACGAGGCUGCCUGGAACACAUGCCAAUAGCUGACAAGCUCCCCAAGGCUAGCGGAUGCAGCAGCCUUCAGUGGGUGACUAAGUGGGUGGACUAUUCCAACAAAUACGGCUUUGGCUAUCAGUUGUCUGACAACACUGUGGGCGUCCUCUUCAACAGCGGAACACACAUGAGUCUCCUAGCUGAUAAGACGACUGUAUUGCAGCAUGCUGAAAUGGGCCAGUGUGCUGUGAUGUACACAACGGAUGUGCCUGAGAACUGCGUGGGCCAGGUCACUAUUCUCAAGUACUUCGCUCACUAUAUGGAAGAAAACCUGAUGGAUGGAGGUGACAUGGUAAUUGACACAGAGGCUAACAAGCCCAGUAUCUAUCUGCUGCAGUGGCUGAAGUCUGACCGGGCACUGAUGAUGCUCUUCAGCGAUGGCACUUUCCAGGUAAAUUUCUACCAUGACCACACCAAACUCAUCCUGUGCACGCAGCAGGACGACUACCUGUUGACAUACAUCAACGAAGACAGAGUGUCGGCCACCUUCAAACUGAGCACGCUCCUGAGUGCUGGAUGCAAUGCGGAGCUGCGCAGCCGCUUGGAGUACUCCCUCAACAUGCUCCAGCAGAGAUGCAACCGAGAAUCAUAAGACAGCAUGACUGUGGAGUGUACAUACCAUCUGUGUGCAUGUGUGUGCGUGCAGACAAUGCAAAAACCUAUAAACAUUCCCUGAAGCACAGAAGCAGACUGUUAACUGAUGGACCUACUUGAAGAGUUAAGAGAAGAGCGAGAGAGUUGAAGUGCAUGAAAGUGGACAUUGUGAGCAGCUGGAAACUGCAGGGUGAAAGGAGGGCAGGGUUAUGAAGAAGUGAAAGGAUGAUGUAGCAUUAUGUUUAUGAAAGGACGUGAGGAAACAGAGACUGGGCUGGAACCAGAGGUUACAGAGAGAUAACUGAGAAAGUCAAAGAGAGCAGAA